UCUCUCUCUCCCCUCCCUCUCAUUCCCUCCUCCAGCAACAGGUUUGCUUUCUCCGUCCAGUGUCCGGGCGCACAGUAAACAUCCUCAAAGAAAUUCAGGCAGAGAUCUUCUGCAGAUAUGCUCCGAACAAUCCGUGAUCACGCGAGGAAGCACCCUGGACUCAUUCCACAGUUUUUCUUCAUAUGUCUCGGGAUGGGAGGAGCCACAAUGUAUCUGAUUCGUUUAGCCAGGGGACCCCACGUAACCUGGAACAAGACCAGCAACCCUGAGCCCUGGAAUCAGCUUAGCCCAACUUAUCAGUACAAGUUUGUGGCUGUCAAUACAGACUACAAGACCCUGAAGAAGGAGGGGCCUGACUUCUAAACCUCCAAAUAUGCUGGUAUUCUUAAUUUCUGGUACAACUGUGCGUGCCUCACUGAUUUACAGUUAAGCUUGAAACAAAGCUUAACGUAGCAGUGGAGAACAUUUACGUUUAAUCUGUGUACCUAAUGUGAAAGUGUUAGUGUUUGAUCCCGCUGGGGUGGGUGAACAGACUGCUACUGCAUACAGUUUGGAUUGAUUGCUGUGCAUUAUGGUUUUCUAGGACUGAUGCUGGAACUUGUGAAUGAUGAGUGGUUAGUUUUAGAUACCUGUAAGAGGACAAUGCUUAUAUUUUGGCCAACAUUUGUAUGUUUUCCUUGCCAAAUAAUAACUCCAGGUACAAUAAAAAAGGUUUUCAGAUCCAUCUAAGAAUGAACAUGGUCUUUAUAAAGCAGAAUAAAGAGCAUAUCUGCUUCCAAAAGAUGUGAAACCAGAGCUGCACUAUGUAAGUGCAAUAAUAAUAAUCUGAAAUAAUCAUUUUAAGGUCAGAGAUGUUGGGUUAAAUUUCACAGGAGUUUUUUUGGAUCACAUGAUAUGUCUUUACAAAUUGACAUCACACCCACAUGCUCAAAAAGAAUGUUUAGGUCUGAAAUGCAAAAUUAACACUAUACUGAUGACAGUAGUAGAUCAUUCAGACACAUCACCACAUUUUGACCGAGUUCUUUUUGAAUAUCUUUGAAUCUUUAAAAACGCUCAUAAUCUUCAGAUUCACCUAUUCAGGGAAGAGAACUGGUGUAAGAAAAUGUUCUUCUGUGAGCUGCAGAACACAUUUCCACCAGAGAUGUCAAGUCAAAUCCCAACAUUUUACACAGCGCAGCUUUAAUAUUUUCUCCAAAACUGUCCAGUAUUUUUGUAAUAUUUAGAUUUGUGUAGCCAUAUGGCCAUGACUCAAAAUCCUUAUCUUAACCAUUAGUCCAUGAUUAAAAUGAACACGUAUGAGAGUAGCUACACAGAAUCAACAAAGCCAUAGCUCUGACAAGCUUUGUUCUCUUCAGAGAGCCGUUCAAGCAUCUUUUUGUGCACAGAAUAGAAGUACAAUUCCCUUCGCUGGCAGUAAAGAUGUCUGAGGAGAAAUUCUGUUUAACAGAAUAUUUUAUUUGCUAUACUUAGAUAUUUGGUAUGAAUGAAAUGUCAAACAGAGCACAAGGCUGUUUUCCAAAAUGUCUUGUUUAAGGGUAGAUGAAAUAGGUAUGUCAUGCUGAAUCUUAAGUAUACUUGAUAAAAUUGUACGUGCAGUGAUUUCUGCAAGGACGGAACAGAUUGUUUACUAGAUGGUCCACUUUCAUAAACAUGGCCAUGUGAACAGGCUAUUUAAAUACAGUGAUAAUAUCUCACUGAUGAGCUGAAAGUACUUCUGGUUAGAGAGAGGAACUGCUGUGCUAUUCAUGCACCAAGGGGGAUCGAACACUAACCAUUUGGAAACAAGUUGUUACCAACAUGGAGAGUAGAUUAAGCGACUUUUUUAUUUUAUCUAAGUGUUGAACAUAUGAAACAAGUAUAUUGAGAUAUUGUACAUUCUCCUUUUUCACUGCUUCUCUCUGGGUUUACCAUGCAUGUGUAUGCACAAAUUUUAUCCGCUGUCUUCUGUCUCCUGUUGUGGAUGUGAUAAGGUUCGUCACUCCACCCUAAUAAAGUGUAAAGUGCAUA